UACAGAGUUGUGAGAAUAUUGAAUGAAGUGUUUUUACGUAUCAGCUGUAACGUUGUUAUUUUUUAUUCUGGGAGCGCUGUUCAGCAUUCUAUUAGUGUCAUAGUUGAUAAACUAAUCAACACAAGUAUCGGUGAUGGCGUAUUUAACCAUUUGUGUGCGUUCUUUGUAUAAAUGUAUUGGUCAAACAGUAAAGUAGAACUUGGACCUGAGGCUUUGUGCUAAUACAUAGUAAUAUUUCUAUUAGUAAUACUAUGGCAGUUAGUUUUUCUGCCAGGACAGUCACUUGUGCAUAAGCUGUCUGUUCCAGCUUUAGCCUGCAAUGUGGGUAUCACUUAGCUCGUGCCACAUCACAAUCUAGAAGCUGGUUAUUAUUGAAAUGUUUGUGUAAAUCGAACGUUGCCACUGGUGUUGGUAAUGACCCGCUGGGUAUAAAUAUGGAUGAAUUAUCAGCAGGAUCAGCUCUUGUGAUGUAUUUAUUCUUCUGUAUCCUAACAUGAGCCUUGCAUCUAAUGCCACAGUUGAGAAGAGUAGCACAACAGAUAAUCUACAACAGUUAACUCUGAACAAGUGCCUUAAUGACAGACUACAAGAGAGCAUAUGCUUUGGAGAGCUAGCAGAACUCAUUUCUGCUAGUUUAGCUGACAUGAGUUCUUUGUCUGUCAAGCCAGAAAAGUGUGCCAUAAUCCAGGAAACUGUCAGCCAGAUCCACAGAAUCCAAAAACAAGCUACAGGUGAAAGUGAUGAACUUCAAGAAAGUGAAGUAUCUUCAAGUAAUUCCAGCAUUUUGAAUAGUGAAAUCCUUGGCCCUUUAUUAUUAGAGGCUCUUGACGGCUUUCUUCUUCUUGUUAACACAGACGGAAAGAUAGAAGUGGUAUCAGAAAACAUCAGUUAUUUCUUAAAGUACACCAAGGAUGAUCUUGUGGGGAAAAGUAUUUACAACAUAAUCCAUGUGGGAGAUCAUGCCAGAUUCAGUAGUAACUUGUUACCAAUGUCAAUAGGUAAUGGGUUUAGCUGGAACACGGAGCCUGGCAUAGGUACAAGUAAAAGUCGUACUUUUAAUUGCCGUUUCCUAAUUAAAGCUCUUGAAGAUCCUGACGAGAGUAUGGAAGAAAAACAGACACGUGUAUCUCACUAUGAGAGCAUGCAGAUCUCCACUGUACUCCUACCUCAUCCUGCUGAACAUUCAGAUAAUUCAGAAGCUGAGGCUACGGAUGCACAAAACUUUUUGUUUUGUGUGGCCCGUCGAAUCCCUUCAAAUGAACAGAAUCAAGGCUCACCUGGUAUAGAACAGUUUACAACAAGGCUAGACAUGACAGGCAAGAUCUUAGCCAUUGAUACUAGUGGAGUGUCUUCAACAUACAGUCAGUAUCUUAAUAAAGAUCUAGUAGAAAGAAUUAUCCAAGGACUGUGUGACCCUAAAGAUCUUCAUAAACUGAACCAGCAUCUUAAAGAAACCCUUCAGGUUGGCAGCAACACCAGUGGCAUUUAUCGAUUAAGAGUUGCUCCAGAAAAGUACAUCCACGUCCAAACAAGAAGUAAACGAGUUGCCUGCAAUCCUUUGACGAAUGAACAGGAAUUUGUUAUGGCAACACAUUCAAUUAUUAGAGACCCUGACUUUCCAAAUGUUAGUCAACGGAAUGGUACUCCUUUUAUCAGUGGAAAUUCUUCCCCAUCCAGUAGCAUGGGCACCGGUGUAUAUACUUCUCCUACCACUUUGAGUGCUGUAGUUAGUGGGCCUUCUUCUAGCUCCCUUUAUUCCAGCCUUACCUCAUUGCCUUCAUCCUCUCAUGAAAUCAGCUUUGAUGAUUUUGGCUUUGAACUUUUCUCUUCAUCAAACUGGGAAAUAUCAUCAGGAAAUGACAGGGAAGUAUUGUCCUCAAGCAAUACUGUUCCAAGUUCUUCCCCAGUGACUACUGCCAGUAGUGAAAGUAAUGUUAGGGUGACUUUGAGUGCAGUUCAGCAGGCCCAGUUAUCUACCAAUGUCUUGUCAACAGAAAUUUUACCUGUAGCCCACUCUCCAGCCCCUCAGAUGACUUCACCAAGUAAUGCUGGGGUUGGCAGAGUAACUCCACUUAGUACAUACACAUAUAGUUCUCUUCAGGGUUCACCUUCAAGUGGAAGAGCAACUCCUGUGUUAUCAGAGCUGAAGAAGGUGGAAGAUGAAUUGUGUGUUAUUUCAGACGUUAACUCUGUUAACAGAGACAUUUCAUUAAUAACUUUUUCAGAGCAUCACACUCCAGCUAGAACUAAUCAUCCAAAACUCAGAAAUGUAUUAACUCAGGGUGUUGAGGACAGAAAGUCUUCUGCUGAAGUAACUUUCUUUUCAAAAAUGUUUGGUGAUGAUGGUAGUUCCCAAAGCAGUAACAAUAUAGGGUCAGAAAAUGGUUUAGUAAUGAAAGGAAUGUCUAUAGUUACAGGUGAUGAAAGCUCCAAUACUUCAUCAAAAAAUGUAAUAUUACGGGAACUCUUAAAUCAGGAUGAAGAUGCCAUAUCUGAAUUCAAACCUCACUUUUCUAGUGGUGACACUAAAAGUGGAAUGUCUUCUACAGGCAUGGAGAGUCUAAGAAAUGACAUAAGUAAAGCAACUUCUAAAAGGCCUGUGAACAAUAACAACAUGCUUAGAAAGCUCUUAAAUAGUGAAGUGGAGAGUACUCGGAGUAAUCGAAGAUCUCAAGAUAUGUUAAUUCAACAACUGCUCAAAGCAGAAUCUCCAGAAAAAGUUGAAAACUCCGUGUGCGGAGAUACAAACUCUCAGUCCAGUUCUACAGACCAACUGUUGAAGGACUUGUGUAUCAAUUCCAAUCAGUCAUCUAACUCAUCAUCCCUUCCCACUUCACUUAAUGAAGUCUUUAGCUCUCUUUCCAAAAGAAAAUCUGAUGAUAACCCAGAUUCUGGUUUUAACCCACCAUCCAAACGACCAGCUGUUCAACAUCCACAUCUGGCUGGACAGAACCCCAUGUUAGCUUCUAUGCUGGCCCAGACUCCCAAGACAGAACCAUCUGUCCCCACCACCAUUGCAAAUUCAAUCAUGUCUCAGCUACCCCAAGACCGGCUGCCUAAAAACCUAGAGAAGAAACUUAUUCAAACACCCUGUACAGUCAUGACAUCUGCUUCCUCCAAUAGCUCAACACAACAAGGCACUGGCCACACCAUCUCUACAAACCACUCCCUGCAUCCCCAGGAUGUGGUUGCUGUAGACCCUCAAGGACAGGUUGCUCCUAGUCACCAUCCAGUUAACACCCUAAACCUUAACCAGAGACAGACUGCUCAGACUCAACCUCACCAACAACAACACCAGGGAUUUCUUAGUCGCAUACUGAACAGUUCUGAUGGCUCUCAGUUGACAAGAGUGUUGGCAGCUGCCUCAGCAAGUGCUACAAGUUCAAAUCAAUCCAUACAAAAUACAUAUAGCCACUACCAGUUACCCAGUCAACUUGCCCAACAAACAACUAAGUCCAUAACCCUUUCAGACUUGCUUGCAGAUGUCAGUUCUUUUGAUUCUGUGGUUGGAUUAACAGCCCAGAGCCAGACUUCAGACCCAAUGUUAUCACAAAUACUGGAUGAGGUUUGGAGCAUGCAACAAGAGAUGGAGCCAUCACCAAUAGAUGAUAACAUGAUACGUAAGAUACUGGAUGAAGUAUUUGAACAACCUUCAGGAUCCUCCUCCUCAGGAAGCAUGCCUUCCAACAAUCAACCAGUUAAAACUGUACAUGAUGUUCAUGAGAAACUUGCCAUUAGUGCUAUUCAGCAACAGUUGAUGAGUUAUGAGAUCUCAACUAGCAGUACUACAACCACCUCCCAUGUUGCUGCUCCUGUGCACACCCAAACUUCUGGUGAGGCUUUAGGAGUUCUUACUCCUUCAAACACAGUUGUCAGCUUUUCUUCCCCAAACUACCCAUCUGCACCCUCUAUGUCUACUUAUACCAGUGGAGCUCAGAAUGGACUUAGAGUACGGGGCCAAAAUCCUGGAACUCCAAUUAGUGUGCAGCAAUGUGUUUCCCUGGGAAACUUCCAGCACCCUAUUUCUGGAGGAGGAUUUACUUCUAGCCUGUCACCUGAGGUGUAUCACAAACUUCUGGAACGCAGACAGAAGAUGCUUCAGCACCAAAAACGCUUACGAGUACAACAACAACAAAAACAGAUAGUUACAGAACCCCUGACAUCAGCAUCAUCAUCAGCAUUAAGUGAAAACAUGAAUGACUUGUUGAACAACACUGUGGCACCCAAUGUCACACUUCAGCGUUUCAACAGUGUCCCGGAUCAGCAACUGUCAUCGAGAUACAAUGCCAGUUUAUUAGGGCAGACCAAUCAGUCACAAGUGUCUCCUGGUCAACAGUCUCCAUACUCUCCACUUUCUCAGCAGCCUUUCCCAAGUCCAAGUCCACCAGUUAGUAACAGUUUUUCCCAGCACAGACUUCCUUCCUAUUCCUCAUCUACUAUACCAGUUACAGGAGGAGGGCCACACUCUCCCCAUCUUCAAGCACUUUCCUCACAGCCUCAGUGGAACCAAAGAAAUGUAUCAAAUUCUGUUCAACAUCAGAACCCUAUGUUGAAUGCCCAGUUGUCACAGAAUUUAUUGAAUGGUCAGGGCAGGUUUGUUGCGCAAGCAAGACAGGUGCAAGUACAAUCCAUGCCCAGUCCAAACUCUAUCACCAAUCAGAGAAACUUGCGUUUUCCUCGACCAUCAGAUAGUCAGUUUCAGCCACAGUCUCCUGGUCACUUUUAUCAGCAGGCACCACAAGCCCCUCCAAAGCAACAAAGAAUGCAAAGAGCACUUUCUGUACCAGGAGCUGUGAACUCUCCAAGAACACCACAGGGUGGCUUUGUGGGUAGUGAUCAAAUUGUAUCAUCUCAAGCUCAGAUAUCUCCUGGCUACACAAAUCAGCUAACUCCUGGAAAUAAUUAUACACCUACGAGUGGAACCUCAGAAAUAUCUCGCUUUUCUUUCGAUCAGCAAAGCCUACAGAUGUAUGGUUCAAGCUCAAUAGAGAGUAGAGGGCAAGGAACAGGAAACAGUACAGGAGGAAUGACAUCAGAAUAUGUUAGACAAGAAUUAAGAGCUAUGGUAGGUGCAAAAACCCAGCAGCAGCAGGCACAGAGUCAACAACUUCACCAGUAUUCUCUUAGUGGAGGAAAUAACUCUGGGGUGUCAGCAUCCACACCCAGUCAGCAGAUAUUUAACCAAGUAGAGUUGGAUGCACUUGUUUUAUCCCUCGAUAUUGGAACAGUAGGUGAUGGUUCUCCUGGAUCUCCAAGACUAUUUCCAUCUCCAUUAGGAAGUUCUGUAUCUCGAGUUACCAGUCACAGCCCGAGGGGUGAAGAACCAAAGCCCACUGAUCACACAAAGAGUUUACUUCAGCAGCUCUUACAACACACACCAGAACCUUGUUAAGGACAUGUACCAAAUCUUUUCAACUUGAGCGUGACUUUCAGCUGGAAAAAUAAUGAGAGUUGCUACAAAUCGCCUGAGAAUGUGGUUGAACUACGGCUUAACAUUUGUGUGAAUAAACGUUUAGAACUAUUAUCAACUCACCUCAGAAUUGUGGUGGAAACUUCAUCCUAAAGGUCUCAAUCAUGGAACAUAGGGGAUCUUUGUUAUAUAUGUGUUUGUUUACAUUUAUGUAUACAUACAUAUAUGUAUAUGUAUAUUUCUGGGAUAAUCAACUGUAGAGUAACCAUACAAAAAAUAGAAGUUGACACAAACUAGGAAUAUUCUUCUUCUCACCUGUUUGUCUGGAGACAUCAUUAGUUUUUAACACACAGAAAGGAAGGAAUUCUGACAAUAGGAGGCAUCUAUUGUCCACAAGAAGAAUGUAUCACUUAAGACUAGCUAUGUGAAGUUUCACCUAACAGUUCACCUUACAAAGACAAUGAAAUAAAAUAAUUGAUAAGGUUUUUGUUGAUUUGUAUGUAAUUCAUAAUUAUGAUUAUAUAAACUCCACACAAUGAACAGGAUCUUAGUUAGAAUGUGUAAUACUAAGGUUUCAGUAACAAUUUUUUUAACCUAUAAGAAAAAAAUUUAACUUCUAAAGUCACAAGCUUGCCACAUUGAGUUUUCAAAAUCUGAUGGUUAUAAAUGUAAAGAUGUUUUUGAUUGUUAGAGCUAAGAAGUUUGUUUUCUGUGCCUUUAGCAUCUGUGUAAGUGAAACAUACAGAAAAAACACAUAUAUAUAUAUAUAUAUAUCUCCCAAAUUAUAUAUUUUUAUAUCAUAUUAGAUAAACUUUGUUGAUGUAUUCAAAAGGUCAUUAUUUUAUU